GUCUCGAUGCGCUACUACUGAAUAAUUAAUUACCUCUGGGUAGGUUUUUACUGCGUGCAUCGAGUUCGAUUUUUUUUCCCUCGGGAGGAGGGGAAAAUAAAUAGAACGAAUUGAUAGGAUUAGAGUUUCAGACAGGCGAUUAACGCCUUGCUGUCAUUCAGGGAGCUGUGUUAGACCACUUAAAUACCGGGGCGUAAUUCGCUCUAAGCCUCACUGAUGUGUCGGCCACUUUCUGGGCAUUACGUGAGUUGAGACUGGUCUCAUCCUUGAGGUCCUAAACAAGAUUUCUGUCGAUCUUGCUAAUAAGCUUUGAGGGAUCUUCCUACCCCAGUAGUCUUUUAGUUGGAAGGAAAAGUGAUUGAGUGUUGUGAUUCUUGAGGUCGUUUGGCUCAACGGCGACUGCAACAAGUUCAGACUUGAAUCAACAGGUGUCUACUAUCAUGUUGAGUCCGGAGGCGUACCCCACGCUGUACCCCUUCUCGCCCCCUGUUUGGCCCGGUGCUGUCCUGUCUCAGCUUCCCUACCGUGCCAUGAUACUCACCCAUCCUCACGCGUACACAACGUCGUCUAAACGACACCGUCAUCGAGGUCAGCGCCGAAACAGGCCGUCAUCGUUCACCAUCGAUGCCAUCUUGGGUCUUCGAGAGGAGGACACAGACACGAAGCACUACGAGGGAGCGGUCGACGAGCCCGACCUCCGCCGGCAAUUGGCCACAUCGGACGGCAUCAAAGUACCGAGCCUCCACCGCUCGCUGCCUGCCGCUCAUAUCGCUCUCUAUCCGGGAUCGACGUACUUUGCUCCGCCGCUUUCAGGUGGCCGAACCAUCUUGAGAUCUGACGAAUUUGGCGAGAAAGUAAAGGACUUCAACUUUUUGGAACCGUUUAAAGCAACCGACAGCGACCGAAAAAUAAAAGACAGACACGAGAUGUGUCCCGGCAUGGAGCGAGCGGUUCCCCCUGAUAUGGACUGGCGCUCGGAGGUACCCGAGCUGACCAGCAAACCCAAGCGGGUACGGACCAUCUUUACCCAGGAACAGUUGGACCGGCUGGAGACUGAGUUUGCCCGGCAGCAGUACAUGGUUGGCACGGAGAGACUGUACCUGGCAGCGCAGCUCGACCUGUCUGAAUCGCAGGUCAAAGUGUGGUUCCAGAACCGACGCAUCAAGUGGCGCAAGCAGAAUCUGGAGAGCCAACAGGAGAAGCUUGCCCAGUACCGCGCCAUGCGGGAGAAAGAGAGACAGGCCCGCGCCCAAGACAAGGACGAUCAACUAGCGGAGACAAGGACAACGGAUGACGUCACUGAUGACGUCACUGAUGAGGACAAGACCAGCCGAGAUGAGGGCGUGGCCUUCAUGACAGCAGAGGAUUCUACAUCCAUUUGUAGUGCCAAGUCGUCUGUCGGUAUCCCAGCUCCAGACCCAGUGUGAAGCCAAGUGUCGCUACAGCAACAGACAUUAUUAUUUGGAUCUUUACAUCCUGCAGUAUGGACAAUGAUAAGAAUUAUAGAAUUAUUGUCGGGUCAAAAAUAUUUCGAAACUGUAAAAAUAUUUAUAUAUAUAUAUAUAUAUCCCAUAACCAAACGUGGGCCGAUCUUUUUCGUUCGAUGUCUCAU